UUUGGGAUGCCUGUAUCGGUAUCCACAGAGGUCAUGGACGAUGAUGCGCCGCCGCCGCUGAAGCGCAGGCGGUCGGUGGAGGUAGCAAGCGGUGCGGAGGGCCUGGCGGGCCUGCCGUGGGCGCCGAACGCCAAUGCAGCGGCGAUGCUGCCUACACGUAACCGCUGCUCAGACAGUGCCGCCAGCGUUCCAGCAGCCAUACACACCGACACUGGCGUCAAUGGCAGCAACAAUAUCGAACUCAAUCGGCAGCGCCGGGCCCAGCCGACACGAGUCCAUGAUGGGCGUGUAUGAUAAUGUGCGCAGCUACUACUCGCGGAUCUCGCCCAUGAACAAAAUGCAGACGUCUAUUGGCCCAACCAUAUCGCCGCACCCAAUUAUCCGUGACGCAAUUGCGCGUGUGCCGCAGGCAGUGCGUGACCGGUUCUACGGCUGCGGCAUGCCGCUGCCCACGGGCAUUGACGGGCUGCGCGUGCUGGAUCUUGGCUGCGGCGCCGGCCGCGACUGCUACGUGGCAGCCAAGUUGGUCGGCCCCACAGGCGAGGUCAUUGGUCUGGACAUGACCGACGAGCAGCUCCGAGUGGCCAGAGACUACGUGGAGGAUUACUCGCGGACACUGGGAUUCCAGCCGCACCUGCGGUUUGUGAAGGGGUACAUUGAGUUUCUGUCACGCGACACGGGGCUAUAUCCGGGCUCCAUCGACCUGUGCAUAUCGAACAACGCGGUGAAUCUAUCAGCCCAACAAGGAGCUGGUGCUGCAGAGCGUGUUUGAUAUCCUGAAGGAGGGCGGCGAGUUCCAGUUUAGCGAUAUUUACGCGGACCGGCGGCUGCCCAACCACGUGCGGUCGCACCC